AUGCAGUCCUCCGACGUUCCAAAAACCCAGCUCCCCUAUCCCGAACGGUUGGGUCAACAAACUUCCCCUCAGCGACCCUCGGGGUCUAGCAGUGCCGAUAUAUCCAUGGCUACCCAGCAGUCCGGUCGCAGUUCCUCCGCCUCGUCUCGAUCCCAAUCCAAGAGUCAGCCCGAUAAGCAAAUAUCCCAAAUCGAAAAGAGCGUGACACAUCUCUUGGUUGCGACAAAACAACUGCUCGAAACAUUAACUCAAUGGUCUCGAAAGCAAGCAUCGGAGAAUGACGUGUCGGAUGUAUACGUCCGAUUGGGCUAUGAAUUUAACUUGGCUUGUCGGGCCUUCAGUGCCAUCGGAGUUGACACCUCAGACCUCGGUCCCGUACCAGACCUCCUUCGCACCAUACUUGAAGACACUCUUAGCCAAGAUGCAUCUUCCCAGAGCCUCGAUAGAUACCUCCCCCGAAUUCGCGAUAUAAUCAUCAACUUGUUAAAAGGGUUGAAGAAGAAGCAAGCUCGCUUAAGGUCGCGACACCAGCGCGAGGAUGGCCGACCCGCACCAGCACGGCAAGCCAGUGCAGGAAGUAUCGCUAAUGGGCAGGCAAUUGGUCAGCUGUAUGAUGAAGCUGCCGCGUCCACAAUGCCAUCGAAUUCCCAGUCUCCCAGAAGAUCAAACCGACGGUAUGGCAGCGGAGGUUCUCUGGAGGAUCAACCGGCCAUUGCUCGAACCUCCUCUGCACCUUCCAUGACCGAACCACGUACGACCAACUAUGCCGAAAGAGAACUAUCGCGACGAGAGGCACAGCAAAUGCUAUCUCAACCCACCCCCUUCGAUAAUGAUACAACACCUCGAGCCACCGCAGCCAAUACCACUGCGCCUUCAACAUAUAUGACACCCACCGGGUUCUCUGCGCCUCCGCCUCCGCCCCUGCCAAAGGAGGAUGACGCAUUGGGGGCUUUGCAAAGAAGUGGAGAGCUGGAGCGACGUGCAUCGCGUCGAUUCUCUGCUUAUCAAAUUCAGAAACAUUUAGGCACCUCUACCAAUGGCGUCCCUGUUCUGCCUACUCAAAACUCUCCCAUCCCCAAUCGCGGUCGUGAUGUCCGCGAAUCUCUGAAUGCGGUCCGUCUGCGAGGCUCAUUUACUCAUACAAGACAAAGAUCCAACAACCGCUUACAGGAAGCUGCCAAGGGUGCCCAAGCCCCCCCACCCGAUAUUCCGGAUGUCGUGGAAGAAGAACGCACCCAUUCAUCUCCUGCACCUCCAGUACAGCCACAACAGAGUGCUACCGGACCAUUCGACACGCCCGGCGAAGCGCAUGGUCCUGAAGAAAAAGGCAAUACCGGGGAAUAUGGCAUCGUCCCUCCUCCGAUUAUUCCACUGCCUCAAGAGAAGCCAACGCUCGAAGGCGCUUUUGAGCCUGCAAAGCCAGCACCCCAGACCCCGAAGGCGGAAACAUUUGGACCUUCCGCCGAGAUCGCAACACCUACGUCAGCUAUUCAAUUUGCUACUGAGCAACCCUCGCCAGGCAAAGAGCUGACACUAUUCCUUCAAUAUAAAAGCAAAAUUAAGAAGUAUGUGCUUCCAGAUGGCAUUGCAGAGCUCACCAUUGGGCGCUUGCAGCUUGCUUUUAUAGAGAAAUUUGCCUGGAAUACCCACGAUAACGGCGUUGAUUUGCCGGAAAUUUAUAUUCAAGACCCCAUUUCAGGCAUCCGACAUGAACUGGAAGAUCUUACCGAUGUCAAAGAUCGGUCUGUGUUGGUGCUCAACGUUGACAACCUCGAUGAAGUUAAGAAACAUUUCGAUGAUAGCCUUGGAAGUGUGCGUCUCCUGGUCGAAGGUGUCAAAGAAACCCUUUCUGGCCAAGGAAAUAUCAUCCAGCGGGUUUCCGAUCGGCAACUUGAAGCUGCCAAAGAAAUUGCUCGCUUGGCUGCUGCUCCUCCAACCGCCUCCGGUCCAGCUGCCGUUGCAGGGAAUGCCAAGGCAUCGAUUGCCGGCAGCGGGAGUCAAAUUGCCGAGCUUCAGACCUUACGUCGUGACUUGGCUGUCCUGCGACAGACCUAUUCUAACUUCACUGCCGAUAUCACAGGUUCUAUGAGUGCAGUCCGUGCCAAGGCAAGCAAGGUCAAGACCGCUGCUGAUGACGUUGCCACACCCUCUUAUGAAGGUGACGCUGGUCGUGCUCGUGUCAACACUGGCAAGAAGGAACUUGCAGGUGAAUCCGAGCGGCUGGUUGCUCGUGUCGAUGAUCUUCAAGAUUUGGUUGAGGAUCUUCGGAAGGAUGUCGUGACCCGCGGCGUUCGUCCUCUCCCACGACAAUUGGAGGGUGUCAGCCGUGACAUCAGCAUGGUCAUGAAAGAAAUCAAGAAAAUGCAGGACUUCCUUGCUCGCGAGAAGCCCAUCUGGACUAAGAUCUGGGAGAAGGAGCUACAGCUAGUUUGCGAAGAACGAGACCAGCUUACCAUGCAGGAGGACCUCGCUGCCGACUUGCAAGAUGAUCUCGAGAAGGCAACUCAAACCUUCGCCCUAGUGGAGCAGGCUACAAAGGAGCAGGUCCUGACAACUCCAACUAGUGGCACCGCUGUCCGCGCCCCAUCUAGGACUCUCGGAAUUGACCCAACCAUUGAUCCUAUGAAAGCCAAGGAUGGUGUCCUGGGCGAAGUCCGCGCCUUGCGACCCAACCACGAGAGCCGACUCGAGGCCAUUGAGAGAGCCGAGAAAGCACGAAAGGUGGAGCUUGAGACUCGGCGAAUCGGUCUUUUCCAAAAGGAACUGGGUGCCUUUGUUGACGAAGGUAAAUUGAAGAAGAGCGGUGGCUUCGAAGAGACUGAGCGCCUCCGUACUGCGAAGGACGAGCGCAUCCGCAAAGAAGUUUGGGAUAGACAGCAGGCCCGCAAUGCCGAGAUGGAGAAGGCAGAGGCGGAAGCUGCUGCUGCGCAGGCAGCGGAGCAGAGCAACGAGGGUGGGGGUGAUGACCAGCAGGAAGGUGAAAAAGAGGCGAUCCCGGAGGCUGGAGAUGAGGCAGAUAAGCCAGAAGAGCCUAAGUCGCCAUCUUCCGACACAGCGAAGUCACCUCCCAUAUCGCGUGAGGGGGAGGACGAUACCACUUCCGAGAAGCCCUCUGCCUGA